ACAAUCAUAAGAAAAACAUAACCUAAACUAUUUUAGCAAUUAGUGAAAACUACCAGAGUUCAAUAUUUUACCUCUUUCACUUAAUUCAAGGAAACGAAUUAAUUAAUAUCGGAAGUAAUUGUGUUUAACAAAAUGGAUAAAGAAAACUCCUCUGAGUUGGAGGUCAAAUAUCAAAAAUUAGCUACUGAGUUCUCAAAGCAGAUACGAACUCAUGCAACAGUAUUGAAGAAGGCACUUCUGGAGGAACAAGCAAAGACCGCAGAACUCAAAGAUGUUAUCAAGAAACAUGAGCAGCAAUUGAGGAAACACAAUCAAGAAAUGGACAGUUUGAUGUUUCGUAAUGAGCAAUUAAGUAAAAGAAUAGCUGUUUUACAACAAGAAUUGCAACCAAAUAACAAAAAAGGGAAACAAAAAGGCAACAAUGAUUUAUUCCACCCUCCAGAUAUGACUGUCAUUAAUGAAGAAUUGCAGAAAAAGAUUAUGGAAAAUGCACAACUCCUGAGCAGUAUGACUGAUAAGGACUUGGAGAUAAAUGAUUGUAGAGAAAAAAUUAAAUGGCUAGAAAAUAAGAUACAAAAUUUUGAAAAUAAAUAUGAAGAACUGGAAAAAAAUUAUUCAGAUAUAAUGGUUCAAAUGAAAAAUCAAACAAGUUCCAAUAAACAAAUUAGUCAAAAUGAUUUACAACCUCAAAUUACUGUUAGUAGUUCAAGGGAUAGUGAAGAAGAUAAUGAUGAAUCAAAAAGAAGUAAAUAUUGGCAAGAAGAAGCAGAACGAUGGAAAGCUGAGUGUGAAUUGUUGAGAUCAAAACCUACCUCAAAUGAGCAGCUUACAGAGUAUUAUGAAUCACAACUGAGAGAAAUGCUAGAAACCAAACAAAUGUGCCUCUCGGAGACUAAAACCCUAUGGGCUGAAAAUACAGCCUUGUGUCAAAAACUUGAGAAUUUGCUCCUGGAAAAUAGGGAAAUUGAGUCACAAUUAGAAGUAAAAAAAGAAGAACUCCAUACAACAAACCAAAAUUAUAAAGUACAGUUAGAUGCGAUGACAGAGCAUUUGGCUGCCCAAAAUGAUAAGAUCACUCAGCAGUCUGAUGAAAUUGAAAUGCUUAAACAUACAUUAUUAUCCAAGAAAUAAUAUUCCAUUAUUUGUACAUAGAUAUUAAGUUACACAAAUAGGUUUAUUUAUUUAUAAUAUGGCAAUUAUAAUCACUUUGCUUGAUUUUUAUUCCAUAUAAAAUAUACUUUAUGAUAAUAUGGCUCACACCAAACA